GCCGUUUGUGCUGCGAAGCUUCUUCUUGACUGCUCGUAUCAGGGUCGGGCUCGGGUUGGUCAUGAGUCGGCAUGAUCAAGGGCAUUGGUCGUGGUCAGGAAACAAGUAUCGCUCGGCGUCCGGAGCUCUGAACCAGCUGAAGAAGAAAACCCAGAAGGCAGAAGAAGAGCACAAGCAGGAGAAGGAGGAGAGUGAGAAAGUUUUGCACAGCUUCGCAGCUGCCAACGCCCUUCUGAAGCAGAGGGAAACCGAGCUGCUGAGCGAGAACUCGCAACUCAAGGUUCAAGCGGCGCAGCUCCAGGACACUGUGCAGCAUCUGAAAGAGACGAAUGCAAAGGACGCUCAAACGUCCCAGGCUCGGCGUCAAGAGUAUUCCGCCAAGAUUGCACUGAUGACCGCAAAACUCCAGGACACAGAUGGUAAAUUGGACCUCUCCACCGAGCUCGCUCGGGAGCGCAAGGCGCAGAUCGCUGAUUUGCAAAGGCAGAACAAGGACUUGGAGAAAAAACUGAAAGAUGCCCAACAGCGGGCUGCUCGUGCCGAAUUGCAGAUCGUUGGCAUGGAGGAGCCCAAACGGCGUUCCAAGAAGGCCAAGAGGCUGAGUAGUCGCGCGCCAACAGAUGCUGUUGCC